UUCAAAUGUGAACGCCUUUAACGGCUACUUUCACCCCAAGUCUGCCCUCCUGUUUCUGGAAUGCAGACCUCCAGACGGCAAUGUUCCUGGAGGAUAUUCGUUCGAGCUCAGGCCAACAAUUUCAACUUCACCUUCAGAUUCAGGGCUACCAGUUUCGGACCCAAUUGGACCCUCCACCUCUUCUCCUUCGUCCUCAACUUCCGCAAAUUCUUCGUCUUCCGGCUCAAUUCACAUCGCCCUCCCCCGAUUGCUCCCCGACCGAGCCUAGGGCUCAUCCGACACAGAGUCCUCGACGUGAUCCAGAAAUUUCGAUCCCGAAUCACCGCGAGGAACCGAGCUGCUUCUCGCAAUAGAGGAUGGAUGGAUGAACAGCAAAAGGAUCUGAUACUUGCAGGGUUUUGUUUGUUGUUGGCAUUCUCAGUUCAACAUAAACACAUGUGGAAGAAAUACGGGAAGGGAGUGUUGAUCAUAAUGCUCGUUUCCGUGGGCUUUAUGGGUGUUUUGUUGAUGAAGAAGGGUAAGAAAGCAAAACCGGUGAAAGUAAGCGGCCUUUGCAAUGGCGCAGCAAUACUAGCAGCUUGUUCGCUAUUAUUCAUGCUGGGGAUUUAUUGGGAUGGAAUAGGAAUAAUACAUGUGGCAAAUCAAGUUUGGGAAUGGAUCUCUUGAUUUGUGAGUUUAUGCUGUCUCAUCGCGUCAUCAGUUUUGAUGAUAUUACUAUUCAAUAUUCAUUCAAUAAAAAAAAAAGUCAUUCCUUUAUGUUUUUUGUGUGUGGAAGAAAUAAAUGGGGAUUUUAGAAUCUAGAAUCUAGAUACAGUCUCUCUAGUAGUCAGUGCAGUGAGCAGCGAGCAGUGAGAAGGAAAUGGGAGGGCUAGUUAAUCCAAUGCCUCCAGUUAGUCAAGGAGGAGUUUAUCAUGGGUACUUUUAAAUUGGAUCUUGCAUACUUUUCUUAAAAAAGAAAAAAGAAGUGAUGUUCACUUAAGUUAUAUGUAACUCUUGCCAUUUUUAUGUUAGCAGAAGAAAAAAGGGCUUUGUUUUUUUUGGGGGGGGGGGUCAUAAGCAUGGGGAGAAAGAUGAAGUGUUAUGAGAAGGAAAGGAAGAGGACUCUUGCUUAUUUGUUGAUUAAGAUCGGAAGUCAUUCAUGGCCUGAUCUUUAGGAAAUGUUAAUAUGUUGUUCCUUUGCUAUAGUAUUAAUAUUAAUGUGCUGAGCAAACAUUCCUAAUCCCUCUAUUACUACUUAGAAGAAAAC